CGCCCCAGCGAAGAGCCAAAGCUCCUACACCCCAGCAAGCAAGCAGGCAACCAGACAAGCAAGCAACAAAGGCUAACAAAACCACGGCCAUGUCGUCGUCGCCGCGGUAUACAGGCCCCGUAGUCCGCAUCACCCCAACGCUGCUCUACGUCCAUCGCGCAAGGCACAUCCCCGCCAUCUACAGCCGCCGCGCCGACAAGUCGAGCUUCUACAUCACGGGGGCCUGGGGCAAAGUCGAGUCGCUCUUCAACAUGCGCGACGCCGGGGUCCACGCGCGCGCCCGCAAGAUCAUCGCCGUGCCGUACAGCUUCUCCAACGUGCAGCGCAUGGAGCCGCUCGUCGACGAGCAGGUGCGGCGCUGGAUCGACAGGAUCGACGCGUCCUUUGCCGCACCGCCGCUGUGCCGCGAGUUCAACUUUGUGCCCUGGGCCUUUUACCUCGCCUACGACGUCGUGUCCUCGGUGGGCUUCGGCGCGCCGAUCGGCUUCAUCGAGCAGGGCAGGGACGUCUUCGGGCUGGCGCGCUGCGUGGGCGACGGGAUGCCCGUCUUUGGCCUCAUGUCCAUCUUUUGGCCGUUUACCGAGUGGAUCAAGACGACGUUCCUGGGCAGGUAUCUCGUGUCCAGCCCGCAGGACAAGACGGGCUUUGGGGUGGCUCUUCGCUUCCGAGACGAAGUCGUGGAGCAGCGCCUCAAGGAUAUUGCGGCGGGAAAGGCCAGCGACAGGAGGGACUUUUUACAUCACUUCCUGGAGGCUCGGGACGCCGACGGCAAGCCUCUCGACAUCGAAUACGUCAAGGCCGAGGCCAAUCUGACCCUCGUCGCCGGCGGCAACACCGUCGGCAGCUCACUCAACUCGUUCCUCCAAAACAUCCUCAUGAGACCAGACGUGUACGAGAAGCUGACAUCGGAAAUCGACGACGCGACCAAGGCCGGCAAGCUCUCGGCCGCCAUGCCGCAGCACGCAGAGGUCAUGGAGCACUGCCCGUACCUCGUCGCCUGUCUGCGGGAGUGCAUGCGCAUCGACCCAGAGGCACAGACGACCAUGCCGCGCAUCGUGCCCCCAGGCGGGCUCGAGCUGUCCGGCUACUUCAUCCCCGCGGGAACCGAGGUGACGUGCAGCCCGUGGCACGCGCACCACGACACGAGCAUCUACGGCGACGACGUCGAGUCGUUCCGCCCGGAGCGCUGGAUGUACGACCGCGACAGGGCCGUCGAGUAUCUCAAGUACAGCAUGAACUUUGGCUCCGGCGUGCGGUCGUGCCUGGGCAAGGACCUCGCCAUGAUGCAGCUCUUCAAGGCGGGGAUCCUGCUUCUGCGCUCGUUCCGCGUCGAGUUUGUGGAUGAGCGGACGCCGGUGCGCCGUCGGAUGAAGGGCGGGCUGCGUAUCUUUGAGGAGAUGAGGCUGAGGAUCGAGCGGCGCGCGCCGGUGCUGUGAUGGAGCAUGUUGUUGAAACCGAGAGGCUUACCUACCGACAUCUCAGAAAGGCAAUUCUGUUGGCGGCAAGGUCUCUAACUUAGUUGCUCCCAUGUUUGGCUCGUCGCAACGCCCCCGUGGCUGUGACGGAAAUUCACCAGAAGUCAUCCCACACCAUCAUGUCAAGGCAAC